AUGGAACAAUAUGAUCAUGAUUUUGAUUGGGAAAGUUAUAACGGUGACAGCGAAGAGGAAUAUGAAGGAAAUUACUAUUUCGUUGAUCCGAAUGCAGACGAGGAACAAGAGGACUGCACCAUUGAGUCGGACGUCGAAGACGUCGCAAAUGCACUAGCGAGUGAGCAUCCAUUCGAAGAACCGUCUUUCAUGCGCGCUUUGGAUCUCGAUGCCAUGAAUACUCCAGAAUUUUCGGAGUAUGCCAAUGCAGAUCCACCUAUGGUCAAAGAUGGUGAAUUUGUCAUAGGGAUGAAAUUUAAUUCUAGAGAGGCUGUGAUCAAGGCAGUUAAAGAUUAUACCAUUCACAGAGGUGUUGAUUAUCGGGUUUUUAAGUCUGAGCCGACGACAUUUUACGCGAAAUGUGUGCAAUAUGGGCAAAGCUGUGAUUGGCUUAUCAGGGUUAGCAUGAUGCGAAGAAAGUAUUAUUGGGAGAUUAGACGAUACAAUGGCAACCAUACUUGUACUAGAGCCACUAUUUCUCAGGAUCAUUCGAAGUUGGACUCAAACACUAUUGCAGAAGCAAUUAAGCCAUUGAUAGAGGCCGAUCCAUCCAUAAAGGUGCGAUCAGUGAUUGCAGAUGUCCAAUCGAAGUUUAACUACAUGAUUAGUUAUCGCAAAGCAUGGUUGGCUAAGCAGAAGGUAGUUGAAAAAAUUUUUGGAGGGUGGGAAGCCUCUUAUGAAGCAUUGCCCAUAUGGUUUGAGGCAAUGGUGAAGAAAGAGCCAUCAGUAGCCGUCGAAUAUGAAACGUUACCUUGCUACCAUGGGGAUGAAUUGGUUCAGGAUGUCAGGGUUCUAAACCGAAUUUUCUGGAGUUUCUACCCAUGUAUAAGAGCAUUUAGGAAUUGCAAGCCGGUUGUACAGGUAGAUGGCACACACUUGUAUGGAAAAUAUAAAGGAGCGUUGUUGGUCGCAGUUUCUCAAGAUGGCAACAACAAUAUUGUGCUAAUUGCGUUUGCGCUUGUAGAGGGGGAGACAUCAGAUGCAUGGUUCUUUUUUCUUCGUCAUUUGCGAACCCAUGUGGUGACAAAGGAUGUGAUGGGACUUAUCUCUGAUCGACACAAGUCUAUUAGGUCAGCAGUUUCACGUUGUGAUGGAGCAUGGGAGCCGCCAAGGGCCAGACACAUGUUUUGCAUGAGGCACAUAGCAUCCAACUUCUUGAGGAAGUUCAAGGCACCGUUCAUGCAAAAGCUUGUGGUGAACAUAGGCUAUUCUAAGACGGUGGAUGAAUACGAAAUCCGUUACCAGAGGUUGCGCAGUUGGGGUGAGGCAUACACUUGCUGGCUAGAUUCCCCAUGA